UGUGCAUGGAAGUGUUCGGAAUACUGGUUGGGCCCACAGUGUUGUACAUGUUUGCGAUCGGCACGGAAAAGGAAAGGAAGUAUCCGCUACACUGGAAGCUAAUUAAUAUUGUUGAUUUAGUGUGUAUACAAUCGAGUUCUUACAAUACCGUGUACAUACAUACAGCGCGGCAAGGAAAGAAAAUGCGUAUCGGUUAGUUUUUUUUUAUCAACGACGCAAAACAGGCGGAACAAAAACGGAUUGUGUGAUUGAAUAGUGUGCGUGAAAGAUCGUGUCUCGCUAAUAAAGACGAUAGGGCCGCCCCCCACCCUCCCGGCCGCUGUUUUGCCAGAAAAAAAGAUGGCAACUCCUCUGCGUCUUUGCGUUUGUGCGUGCACGCGCCUGUGUUUGUGAAAACCAUUUCACCCGUAACUCUCUUGUUGGGUACGCAUUAUUGCCGUUAUUAUUUUGUUUUCGUUCCGUCAGCUACGGAAUUCUAAUUUGAUCACACUGUGGGAGCAUAUCAUUUAUUGUUUUUUAUUGUUAGUUUUGGGUUUUCUACUGUUGUUGUUUUCAUUGCAGUAGGUGUGUAUGGCUUUGUGCCUACUGUGUUUCAUAUAGUAAGAAUUUGAAUAAUAUCUUUCCGUUUCAUGUGCUCCCUCUCUCUCUCUCUCUUGUUGAACCGCUAAUAGGCGUUAAUAUUCUAAUAAUUUGCGCGAUUUACUCUACGUGCCAUUUGCCGGAUUUUAGUAAUAGUGUUGCAUGAAAAAGCAUAUUCGAUAGGGAUAGGGAAGAAAGAUGAGAUGGUGCUACUGUUGUUUUCGUUCGUACGGUGUGUAUAAGUUGAGAGUGUAGUUACGGGUGUACGUUACGAUGAGUAUUUUUAUCAAUGGAACCGUGGCUCCUAUUGUUGGUGUUGCCCGCGCAUGAGUGUUGGUUAGAUGAGUCGUUCGAGUGUGUGUAAGUGUUUGGCUGAGUGUGUGUGUGUGUAUGUGCGCGUGUGUGUGAAAUUCAACUGCUCGCUCUCUCGCUCUCGUUUCGUCAGUUUCUCUUUCUCCAUAUUGAGCGGGAUCAUGAAUGGCUGUACAAAAAUUCCGAACUACUACGCGAGGACGUGCGGUUAGGCGUAGAAUUUUCGUAGUACGUUUUAGAUCUCUAUGACGCCAACGCUCGAUAUAGUAUGGUGUUGUUGGCCUUGUGAAACAGGAAGCGCGGUGUGCACGACGCGAAUGUGGCAAAAUAAAAGUGGCUGAAAUGAUGUUUGACAGGUUGAUGCAGGCGAAUAAUUAUCAAUCGAAAGUGCACAACAGAUCGGGUGAAAAAUCUAUCGAAGAAAAGUGCUGUUCACAAAAACGUACGUGAACGAAAUAGUGACAUCAGUUCAUAAGAAAAAAGCAGCAAAAAAAAAAGAAAUCCACGUGUCGAGUGUGAAACAAUAUUGCGUAAAACAAAGUGUAGUGAGCAUCAACUUGCAAUUGCACAAAUAAUGAUUAGCGGCGGAAAGAAAACAAAAAUAACAUGUGAAUAAUUCCCUUCGAUUGCUUACGAUAAAGCUAGUUUGGUUGAAAACCCCUAUUACAGUGUGUGUUGCAACGAAGGAAUGUGUAGCGUUACAGUGCAGGACGUAACGUUGUGAGUGGUGUGGUUAUUGUUUUACAUUUCUAACCGGGCACUGUAGAUCAGUCGAUCGGUGCAAAGAAUGUGCUCGGUGAUAAUAGUGCUGGCUGCUAGUUUCGAAAAUUGAUGAUAGCAUUUAUUCGUGGAAGUCUCUGCCCCACGUGAGCGGGGAAGGCUUUUACGCUUCGCGUUGGAGAAAAAACAAGUCGUCAAUUAAUUCGUCGAAAGGCGGCGCGCUCACAACCCCCCGGGCCAGGGACACUGUUGUGCUGCCUGGGGCGCACCCAGUGCAUUUGAUUCCGAUCCACGCUCGUUUACUGGUCCCGUGGUGAAAUAAAAAUAGAAAUAUCAGUGACACACGAUACGGCAGCAGCCGACGACGACGACGACGACGCCGCAUUACAGUUUGUUUGUGCGUGCUUCAAUUGAAAAUCGAAUUAUUAUUGAGAUUUCAACGGUUUAUAGUUCUCUAAACGCUGGAUACUUUCGUCCGGGACGUUACAUCUGGUACACUGAUAUAAAGUUCAUCAGCCGCUAAAACGUGCAACCUUACCGUUUGAUAGACAUUAUGUUUAUAGUGUGCACGAAAAAGGUUUCCUACUGUGAGUGUAUAUCCUUUCAAAGAAAAUAUCGAAAAGGAAAGGCACGAUGAAGUGAACGAAUUACGACGAUGAUCAGUGAACAUCAGCAUAGUAAGGAGUGGAGCAUAUGAAUGAAUAACGCACUGGACAACUGGUAGAAGAGGACACUGGUCUCCCGGGAGUGCAAAUGUUAGAAAAUGUGUCAACCUGUUAUAAACCAUCCUGAAGCGAAUGUAUGUACGAGCAAACGAACACAACGUCGAGAUGUUAUACCCGUGUUGGGGGGUAGAGCAAGUGCAACACGGCCCGCAGUGAAAAAGUGUAAAAGUGCGAAGCCAUCCAGUGGCAGUGUAGUAUAUGUUGUGGCAAGGUGCCGAAUUCUUCCACAGAACUGGAGCGCGUAGGUGGAAAGGAGGGAAUAACGACAUGCGUUUCCUACACGUGAAGCAUACCAGGGAUGGAAUGAUUUAGUUACUAUACCUAGAAACAGCAGAGUUGUUUAGCCGAUCGGGAUGAGCGUUAUGGAUACUUGGAUUAAAUGGGAUGCUCCAUACAAAAGCUGCUGGAACUGCUACAUACGCAGUUGGCACUCUUUAAUGUGCGAAAAAUUGUGCCUAUUACUUAGGUCAUAUCACCAAGAAUACCCUUUUUUGAAUGAUAACCGCCUAAACGCGGAUGCUGCUGGCACGACCGGUGCCGGUGACAGCAAUAGCAAUAGUGAUAGGGUUAACAAUAGUGUUAAAAAUAGCCAUAAGGAUAGGCAGAGUUGCUACGUAGAAACUAAUAGGCGAUGGAGCAUUGUGCAAUGCUUUGCGAACGAGUACCUGUGGGGCGUUAGACGGCACAGUCGGACCAGCCUGUGGAAGCGAUGGCGUUGGAAACUAUUGUCAUCCAUCGGAAAGGCGUUCUUAUUCCUCUACGUUAUCACCAUAAGCAUAAGCAUUGUAGCGGCACAAGGAGUAGAUUCUUCGCCGACCACACAUCGGCUGGGGACGACGCCACCGAGUGAACAGGCCCUCAUAACGAGUCCUGGCAAAGUUUGUUCGAGCGUUGAUGUCCGGAACUCGCCGCAACAUCUGGAGCGAUUAAGGGACUGUCGUGUGGUGGAGGGCUUCGUACAGAUUAUGCUGAUUGACAAGUACGGCAACGACAGUUUCACCAAUUACACCUUCCCAAACCUGACGGAAAUAACCGGAUAUCUGCUACUGUUUCGUGUUAAUGGGUUGGAAACACUGGGGCAACUAUUCCCCAAUCUGACCGUCAUCCGUGGAAACGAACUUGCCAACAACUAUGCACUUGUAGUUUACGAAUUAAUGCACAUAAAGGAAUUGGGUCUCACAUCACUGAUCGACAUUCAACGUGGUGCUGUACGUAUUGAGAAAAAUCCUAACUUAUGCCAUGCAGAUACAAUCGAUUGGAAGGCGAUAGCACCAGAAGGAGAGAGCUGGAUUAAGGCUAAUCAAGGCGCAAAUGAAUGUACAACCUGUCCGAGCAAUGUUACCAUUACACUUCCGAGUGGAAUGACGCAAACGAUAAACUGUCCGUCGCGAGAGGUAAAUCGAUUGGUACACAACGAAAAAACAAGCCAUCUAUGCUGGUCAACCAAUCACUGCCAACAAAAAUGUCCUGCAAGCUGUCCGAAGUCGUGCACUAAAACGGGUGAAUGCUGUAAUACAUCCUGUCUUGGCCAGUGCAGCAGUGAAAACAAAUCGCACUGCAUGGCGUGCCGGAAGUACUAUUACAUUCACAACAAUCGCACCCGCUGUGUGGACAAAUGUCCCGAUCACAUGUUCCUGUUUAGCGAAAGUCGAUGCUUGACGGAGGAAGAGUGUUACAAAUUGUUCAAGCCACUGCAACGGGGAGGAGAUAGUACCAUUGAUUAUCCGUAUGUGCCUGUUCAGGGUGAAUGUCGGCUGGAUUGUCCCGUGGGGCACACCUUGUCGACCGUUCCCGGUUCGCAACGGCCAACCUGCGUUCCAUGUAAGGGUUCCUGUCGCAGUGAAUGCAAGGGUAUGGUAAUUGAGAGCAUCUCGCAAAUACAACAAUUGCGCGGGUGUACGAUCAUUCAAGGAUCGCUUUCCAUUCGGUUGCGGCAGCUUGGAGGAGAAAAUGUGGUACGUGAACUGGAAAAGGAACUUUACUCGAUCGAAGAAAUCUACGGCUAUCUCACCAUUGUUCGCUCCUACGCCCUGAUGUCAUUGGGAUUCUUUAGAAAUCUGAAAAUCAUCCAUGGCACCGUGUUAAAUGCAAACAUAUCGUUGAGUGUGAUCGACAACCAAAACCUGCAGGAGCUUUGGAAUCAAAAUGUUACCAUCAAACGUGGUAACGUUCGUUUUAAUGACAAUCCAAUGCUAUGCGUGAAGAAAAUUACCUCCCUCAAAAGCCAUUUCGGAGAAGGUGUGAGUAUUGAAAAUGAGGAACAGUUAAACAAAACGAACGGCGUACGAGUGGCUUGCGAAAUUAAGAAGCUAGGCACAAGGCCGACCAAAAUUUCGUUAGACUCCGUCAUUAUACAGUGGGACGCGUUUAAAGAUCUGCCAGACAUGAGGCAGCUGCUAGGAUACGUCGUCUACUACAUAGAGGCACCGCACGGCAAUGUAACGUUUUACGAUGGGCGCGACGCCUGUAACUCUCAGGGCUGGCGUGUCGACGACGUGGCUAACAUGCAGGAACGGGAAUUUGCUACACACCUUCUUACACGGCUUAAUGCUUUUACGCAGUACGCAUAUUACGUUAAAACAUACACAUUGUCUUCGGAGAACUUAGGUGGACAGACGGAUAUUACAUACUUUCGAACGUCACCCGGCACUCCAAAGAUCAUACGAGAUUUGCACGUUUUUAUAGAAAAUGAUACGCUGAUUGUCGUAUGGAACGAGCCGGUCAAAAUGUUUGGUAAACUUUCCGCCUACAAAAUUGGUGCUACGUUAAACGACGAGAAAAAUGAAAUGAUCAAACAACGUAAUUACUGUCAUGAUGAAAUAGAAAAACCCGAUUCACAGCCCAACAUUCCGGUAGAAAGUACAUCCAUUGCAACGACGAUCUCCCCGGUGAAAGAAACGCAAAACCAAUGCUCGAAGGAAGAAUGUGCCGCGUUCUGUUCAGCAGCGGGCAUCUCAGAUUCCGAGAGCGGCCUAAAGAUAGAUGUGAACGAGGUGGAGAUGUCCAUAGGAUUCGAGGAUUGGUUGCAUAACUACGUUUACAUUAAAAAUCCAAAAUCUAGUAGAAAGCGCCGAGAAAACAGUGGCAAUGGGGGAAGCUUUGCGGCUGGCAACAACUCGCAUAUAUUUCCCUCGGAUACAGAGAACACACCAAAAAUUGCUUCGAAUUAUGUGUCCAAACAAGAGCCCAAUGAAGUGUACUAUCGUACAAUUGGUGCCACAACCAAUCAAACGCUCAUCAGGUUUCCCCUGUCGCACUUCAAACAUUUUGCACUGUACUCCUUUCGCGUGCAUGCUUGCCGCGAACCGGCUGCGGCGGUACCUGGAGUUGUGGUACAAGAUAUGGUCGAUUUGUGUGGCUCGGAAGUGUUGUCUAUGUAUCGUACGCCUAGAAAACUGGACGCCGAUGACAUACCGAUCGAUUCGAUCGAACUGGACGAUCAGUCUAACCACACGCAACGUGUAAUCCGAGUGCGGUGGAAGGGUCCUUCAAAACCAAACGGGGCGCUGGUAUCGUACUCGAUUAAGUAUCAUCGAACGGAUCUAGAUUCGGUGCAGCCCACCGUGCGUUGCGUCACUGUUGAUGUGCAUGACGCGCUCGGAUACGCACUGUUGACGAAGCUAGAUGCAGGCAACUAUAGUGUACGCAUUAUGGCCACAACGACCGCAGGCAAUGGGCCGUAUUCGCCGCCUAAAUUUUUGGCCUUGGAAAAGCGCGAUUCCGACAGGCCCGCCACAGCUUUGUGGAUAAUUAUUGUUAUAAUAAUAACGGUGAUCCUAAUAGCCAUAGUCAUAGCAGCCUUAUACGCGCUGAACAAAUACAAGCAAAUGUCGAACAUGCGGCUAUUCGCACAAGUUAAUCCUGACUAUGCUGGUGUUACGUACAAGGUAGACGAAUGGGAAGUGCCGCGCGAUCACAUAAUCCGGCUAGAAGAACUCGGCCAAGGUUCGUUCGGUAUGGUGUACAAGGGUAUCAUGACAAAGCUGGACAACGAAACGAACGUACCGUGUGCUAUAAAAACCGUCACGGAGAAUGCAACCGAGCGCGAGCGCGAUAGUUUUCUAAUAGAGGCAACGAUUAUGAAGGAAUUCCAUACUCAUCACGUGGUGCGGCUUUAUGGGGUGGUUUCGCUUGGUCAGCCGACGCUCGUGAUCAUGGAGCUGAUGGCGAACGGUGAUCUUAAGAGCUACCUCCGACGUCAUCGGCCGGACUACGAAAAUGGUGAGGAGUCGUCACCGCAGCCUCCAACAUUGAAGGAAAUCUAUCAGAUGGCUAUUGAAAUUGCGGACGGUAUGGCGUACCUUUCGGCAAAAAAAUUCGUCCAUCGUGACUUGGCCGCCCGGAACUGUAUGGUGGCCGAAGAUUUAACAGUGAAAAUAGGUGACUUUGGUAUGACACGAGACAUAUACGAAACGGACUAUUAUAGAAAAGGCACGAAAGGAUUUCUACCAGUACGAUGGAUGGCUCCGGAGAGUCUAAAGGAUGGAAUGUUUUCGAGUUGUAGCGACGUAUUCAGCUAUGGCGUUGUUCUGUGGGAGAUGGCAACACUUGCUUCUCAGCCGUACCAGGGAUUAACUAAUGAUCAAGUAUUGCGAUACGUCAUAGACGGAGGCGUUAUGGAACGUCCUGAAAAUUGCCCGGAUAAGCUCUAUGAGCUGAUGCGAAUUUGUUGGCAACAUCGUGCAUCCGCACGACCUUCCUUUAUUGAAAUUAUCAAAAUGCUACUGCCGGAUGCAAACGAUCAUUUCAAGAUUGUGUCCUUCUUUUACUCUCAAGAUGACAUUGAGAAUUUCGUCCAGCCUGGACAUGCAUUAUUGGACGAUGUUACAGAACCGUUACGGGCGCACGACGACGGUUUCGAGGAAGAUGAGGACGAUCCGUAUUCAAUCGAAGAAACCGACAGUCGGCUAAUGCAGAAUAAUGGACCUAAGCCUGACAUUCGGUCGCCGCACUCGCCGCAACGGUGAGCAAAGUCUUCGAGUGGCUAAGGUUAAGGUGUUCAUGUGGUCUACAAAACAAUAGUCAUAGUAUAACAAUAGUAUAUCAAUAGUAUAACAACACACCGGUUAACAAUGGAUUAGACAAUAGUGCAACGGCGUCCAAAAAAAGAAAAACCCGACCCGAUGGUAGAGGGCUGUUGCGUCCGCCUUUCUAAAAACUGCCUACUACGGAGGUUGUGCUACACAGGUACACGAUUUGUCUUGAACUCCAUGUCUGUGUUCAUCAGUGAUGUCAUCUCACCCCACAAGUAUCAAGCUGUAAUAGUUUAAGCGUAGAAGGGAAGCAUCACACCAUCACUCUGCUGGAAUGCAGCCAUUUACGAUAACGAUGCGAAGUAAUUGUCUCAUAGCCAAAUUAAACCAAUAGAUGAAGUCAUAUGGUAUUGAAUGUGCGGGCGAACAGAAGAAAGAUGGAAACAAAAUCGUUUAGUAGUUGCGUCGUCGAAAAAAACACAAACCACCAAACAAAAUCCGUAUGCCAAGAGCCGAUAAAAUGCUUACUGUCGCUGUCACCGCGCCUUCUGGCUUCGUAUGAAAACAAGUUAUGGUUAUUUGGUUCCCUUGUUACCUUGUUUCCCCUACACAGUCGGGAAGCACGCCGUACAGGUUAAACUUGGAUUCCUUGAUAUACCACACAUCGCGGUUCCUAUUAAUGUUUUGAAUUCUAGUACUUUUGAAAUUGAAAUCAAUUUCAAAUGGAAUGGAUCGAAUAGUGCAUUGCUAUACAUAUAAAUAUAUAUAUAGAGAGAGAGAGAAAGAGAGAAAGGAGUAUUGGCGUUUGCUAUCAAUGAACGAUAGUUGCAACACGUUUUUCCUUCUUUUUUUAUACACUUUUGGCUUUUGCAAAUUCUCAUUCUUUCAUUUUUUGUUGCGUUUUACCUCAAGCAAUAGAUAACAAGGGUUGAAUUUAUGUUCCACUUAAAACUAUUUCGAAAUCUGUUGCAAAAUGUACUAAAGAGCAGCUAUUUAGAAUGAUAGAACUAAUGUUUAGUUGAUACGUAUAUACACAACUAUUUAUAGUGGUUAAUCGUGUUGCGUAGAAGUAAUAGACAAAUGGAUAUGAAACAUUUUUUGGAUGAUCACGAAUGAGAUUUUAAACAAACAAACGUUUCAAUUUUCUUCCAGUUGUAAAAGCUUUGGCAACACGUGUCUAUAGUUUUAUUUACAUAAUUUCCCCCACCCUCUCCCUCCAACCCCACGUUUAAAAUUAUUACCACAAUCCAAUCAGACCAGUGUACACACCAUACGCCAAUUAUAAUAGACAAUCUUUAGUUAUAUUCGAUAUAUUGAGUCUUGAUUACCUGAUUCUUUCGCGUACAUGAAGAAAUACACUUACAGCCAAGUUCAUAUAACAAACUACAAAAGCUAGCGCAUAUUUAUUGCUUAAGUAUCAAAGAAUAUUAUAUACAAAACACAACAUUUGACAGCAGAGUAAUGUGUACCGAUUGGGCGCACGGUUCCGGAUGAUGGUAAUGCAUGUAAGGUUUAAAUAUGUAAGAUAUGUAGGUUAUAGUUUAAGUUAUAAAACGAAAGGAAAACACACACACACCCACACACAGAGGUAAGAUAACGAUGCUUACGCGGAUGAUGAUUGGCCGAUAAGGAAUGUAAAUAUAUCUGGCCGAUGGUAAAGCUUUUGAAAUGUAAAAGAUCAAUGUCAACAGUGGUAAUUUGUGAGGCUCCGUAGCAGUGUAUUGUAAAGGUUCGAAGCUACAAUACACACCCAUACACCGCAUAGAGCAAUGGGUUUAGUAAUAGCUAAGCGAGUCAUAGCUCCUGAGAACUGAUUGGACUGAACUAUUCGAGGCAAAAGGAAGAAAUGAAAAAUAAGUUGUUGCAGCGAAUGUUACACCCAGCGGCUUCUCUAAAACCCGGUACAGCCCCGAAUGGUACAAAUUUGACACGUUGACGAUGCAUUUUUCAAGUUAUAGUUCCUUCAUGAUAAGUUCAGUUGAUGGCUAUUCAAUUGGUUCGAAUGAUAGUUUCUACCUAGAAGUGUAACGUGCGAGAAGUCCGAAUGAAGGGCACAGGAGGAGGUUAUGGGUGAGAGGAAGGGGAGGGGAAGGGGGUGGGAGGGAAGGGAUAGUACAUUGUUAAUUUAUACACCAUUUAUACACCAGUAAGCUAACUUGAACUAAGCACCGCUAAAAAGCCAAUCUAGAGAAGACAUCAAGAACAAGCAAAGGUAGCCGUAAACAGAGGUCUGUUGUCAUAGGCUGCAGUGGCCUCACAUGACACUAAUGGUACGAAUCAACUCUCUGGUAUUAGUUUUAGUCACCGAGUCACGGGCAAGGAAUUAUUGAACCGUUUAACUUGCUUUAACUUUUGCACGGAAAGGAUAGAAUAACUCACAGCGAAUAACAAAAGUCUUUGUAGGGAGAAAAACAAAAGAAUAACAAAGCAAAAAAGAAGAAACUAGGAAAUGUGGCUGACGCGUCCUAUGUAUAUCUCAUAAACGAAUGAAAGUAUAUCAACAAAACACAGUUCCUUAGCUGCAAAGCUAAACAAACAAUAGUGCCACCGCGUACUACCAUUUUUUUUACUGCUGUUAAAGCUUUUCUUCGCCAUUUUUAAGACCGCAUUCUUGAGUUCAAAAACGAGCUUUGAUCUAUAUUUCCUUGUGUGUUGGAGGUGGGUUUGUUUUUUUUAAUUCCUUCAACACAAUGUGUAGUGAGUGUAGCUAUGUAAAGUAGCAGAAAUUAGGCAAGAGUGAAUGAGCAAGUGUGUGUGUAUGUGUGUGUGUGUAUCCGUAUGUGCGGGUAUGUCGGAGAAAAUGCAAGAUGAAAAUGGAAGGAGAAAAUUAGUCGCAAUUCCUUGCUUCUCCUACUCCCCCCCCCCCCACCCCCCCUUUUCCCAAAACACGAAAACAAGAAGCUUACCCGGUUUUGUGUACGACAUCGGUAACCAUUUUCAUUCUCCACCUUUUUAAUACACCCCCCCCCCCCCCCCAAAACAACCCGAAUUCCUUCCGUCUUUCCGUUUUAUGGAGCAGGCAUGCUGGAAACUACAGGAAAAACCAAAAGGAUGUAAAUGUAAAUGUGCGCGCACGGUUGGUUAGGCAGUUUUAUAAUUUAUUUUCUGAGAGAAGCCAAAAAUCGUUCGUCCGCCAUGUUGUUUUGCAGCCCAGGCGCGGUUAGAAAAUAAGUAUCUCGACGAUAUAUUUUUCUUUAUUUUACACCGUGUCUCUCCCCACAUUGUGCCGUGGGCCCACCCUGAGUGUUUGCGUGUAUUUGUAUGCGUGUGCGAAGGCGGAAGCAGCAACAAAAGAAGAAACAUAAAACAACCAAGAUCAGGAAGAAAAUAUUGAGUAUAUUACUCGCACUAGGAGUACAUUGAGUAUAUUACUAGCAUUAGGUAAAAACACAUGGACAACAACACAACCACUUUCAGUAAAGGCAGGAUUGAAAUCUUUUUAGAGACAAACCCGACGUUUUUGUUUGUUUGUUUGAAAACAAGCAUAGAAAGAGUAGAAGAAGAAAAAGAAAACAAUACCAUUUAAAAUGACUUCCAGCAUUCACAUACGCACCUAGAUACUAACGCACAUACUUACUGACAGUCGCGUGGCUGGAAAAAUGUAAUAGAAAUGGUAAAUUAAAAAAAAAGAAACAAAAAAAAGCGUACCAGUUUCCAAAACGGGACACGGACACGUUCUCGCAAACCGUUUAUAUGCAAGUCUUAGGUAAACUCGUGUAGUUAAGUUAAUUAGCAGCAAACUAAUACUGUAUAUAGAAAGAUGAAUGGAGAAUUUGAUGAAAACAUAAAACAUAACGUUAAGGGUAGGAUAGGCGUUUUUUUGUUACACAGAGAAGAAAAACUGCUUCUCGAAAUAUAAAAAAUGUACAAUAAAUUCAACUUCGCCCCCCCCCCCAAAAGUGGGGUAAUGCAGAAAAGAUUUGAAGAUAAAAAACAGAAACAUACAAA